UGUGUGGAGCUUGCUGAGCAUAAAACUUGGGACCGCCACCCCCUUCCCUCCUCCUGCCAUUGGCUCCAGCUAGAGGUUGACAUCAAAGCCGGGGCCUUAUAUAAGCAGGAUCCCGGUGGCAAGUCCGCAGAAGGGUUAAACCCGGUUUUUGGAAAUCCGAACCCUUCUCUCUCCUUGCCUACAGAAACCUUCGAGAAGUCGGCAGGUCCCCCGUGCCUUCUCCAGCUUUGCUCAGGACUCCUCCAAAACCCAGCCAGUUCGCUGCCUCUGGAGCCCACGGUGACUCCCUUCUGUGGGGCGCAUGGGGCGGUGCUAAUUGGGCUGACAGCACAGGCCAGGAGCCUCUCCAACAUGAACCUCGUGGGCAGCUACGCACAUCAUCACCACCACCACCACUCACACCCGCCGCACCCCAUGCUCCACGAACCCUUCCUCUUUGGUGCGGCCUCGCGUUGCCACCAGGAGCGGCCUUACUUCCAGAGCUGGCUGCUGAGCCCGGCUGAUGCUGCCCCAGAUUUCCCUGCCGGCGGGCCACCACCCACCACCGCAGUAGCAGCGGCUGCCUAUGGUCCCGAUGCCAGGCCGAGUCAGAGCCCAGGUCGGCUGGAGGCUCUUGGAAGCCGCCUGCCCAAGCGAAAAGGCUCAGGACCCAAGAAGGAGCGGAGGCGCACCGAGAGCAUUAACAGCGCGUUCGCGGAGCUGCGUGAGUGCAUCCCCAACGUGCCCGCCGAUACCAAGCUCUCCAAAAUCAAGACUCUGCGCCUGGCCACCAGCUACAUCGCUUACUUGAUGGACGUGCUGGCCAAGGAUGCACAAGCAGGUGACCCCGAGGCCUUCAAGGCUGAACUCAAGAAGACGGAUGGCGGUCGCGAAAGCAAGCGGAAAAGGGAGUUGCCUCAGCAGCACGAAAGCUUUCCUCCUGCCUCGGGGCCUGGCGAGAAGAGGAUUAAAGGGCGCACCGGCUGGCCUCAGCAAGUCUGGGCGCUGGAGCUAAACCAGUGAGACCAGGCCGGCGCCCAGGACCCGGUCGAGGCUGGCCCACCUGGCUACCCGGAGAGGAGAGGGAAGGAGGCAGCGGCUACGGCGGAUCUCCGGGUGCCCGCGCGCGUCUCGCCCCAGCUCUGCGGAGCGCUGGAGGGUCGGCGGUUGCUACUACCCACUAGGCUCACACGUGCAAUGUCAUUUGAAUUUGUUAAUAACAUAAGAGAAAGAGAAAUUUAUAUAUAUGUUCACUUCCCGCCGAGGGCGGCUCAAGAAGGGACCGGAGAAGCCCAAGCCCCCAAAGACACACCCUUCCAACCCAUCUGGGUGGAACUCAACCCCAAAGGCCACGGUCGCGCCGCUCUCUGGCUCGCUCUCUUGUCCCUCUCUUGGCUCUGCGUCUGUACCCGGACGCAUUCUUCUCCAGUUAAAAUGCAAUAAGAGUAAUUGAUAGUUUCCAACCAGGAAAACUGACGCUGUCUGGGUUGGUCUCUUCUGAACAGCGGUGGUUUUCCUUCUUGUCGCUAAACUUCCUACCUAGAGGGAAGGCGUUGUUUCCUUCCGCAGCACCUCUGCUUUCCAAGGGAAAUGUUUCCCUUCCCUUCCUUCCCUUCCCUCCCCCUCUCCUCUCCCUUUCCCCUUCCCUGUCCUCUUACCCCCUCUUUCCCUUCCUUCUUUCUCCUUCAUUUCUUCCCUUUUCUUUCUAAAUAAAAGCGUCCCCAUUCGCUGCCGAAUUUGUAACGUAUUUAAACUACCUAUCGUACCUGUUGCUCUCAGGUAUACAUCUCCCUACCCCCCUGCCCUCUUUCUACCUCAAAUCAGUGUGACCACUCGCAGCCCCACCCUUUGCCAAAGCAGUAUCUAUAUGCUCUUGACUUAAUAAAAAGUUCUCAGAGAA